AUGCGUUCCAUCUCCAACGCGCUGUGCGCGUUGCUCCCCUUUACAGCAACAGCCCUCGGAGCCGCCAUCGAGAAACGCCAGGGGGCCAACAUCGUCUACGGGCUGCAACAAGUGCAAGCGCAAAUCGGCGUCCUCAACCAAAUGCUCUACUACUUCGACGGAAACCCCGCCACCGGCGCCCUCGACGCCAUCAAAAUCCAAGACCAAACCGACAACGUCGGCGAAGCUGUCGAAUACACCACCCAAAUCGCCAACGCCUCCCCGACCCUGGACGAGGCCGACUCGCUCGCCGUCUCCACACAAGUCCUCUCCCUUCGCCCGGAUAUCAAGAAUCUCCUACUCAACAUUGCGGCGAAGAAACCGGAUUUUGAUGGCGUGAUUGUCGGCCUGUUUUCUGUGAGUAAGCAGGUCAAGGAGAGUUUGCAGGAUCAAAAGGCUCUUACGGUCGCCCUGGGUGACGCGAUUGCGAUGAAGUUGACGGGCGCUUUCAAGAAAGCUGCGCCGGAGAUUAAUGAUGAGUUUGCGAUGGAGUUUGAUGCUGCGAUUGCUGCAUAUGUGAACGAUGAGGGUAUUCCUGUUCCUUCGGAUCUCACGGAUUUGUUGGAGUAA